AGAAUUUAUUACUCUUUUCUUCACAAAGUCACCAAACAUCUUUUGCUUUCCAAAAACAAAAAAAAGCAGAGGAAGAAGAAGAAGAACAAAGAAAGAAUACUCAGCUCUUGAUUUCGCUUCCUUCUCAAGCCAUCUUCAUUACCAUUUCUUUUGUCCCUCUCUCUCUCACACUUCUGUCCGAAUAAAUCUUUUUUCUUCUUCUUCUUCUUUAAAUCCGCCAUUAAAACUCCCACAAACACACCAUCAUCUUUUUCCGACAUACACGCACGAUCCAUUUGGUUUGUGUCUAAAAAGUCUCUGUUUUUAUUUAAAGCUGUAACGGCUAAGUAACUUGAAGAACAUGAGAUUUGCUCCUUUGAGUUUGGUUCCGGUUCUGCUUCUUCUACUACGCUGGGAGCAGCCUUUCACGGAGGCGAUGAUCAACCCAGUUGACUUCUUAGCUCUCCAAGCGAUACGAAAGUCUCUGGACGACUUGCCGGGUUCCAAUUUCUUCGACUCCUGGGACUUCACCGGCGACCCUUGCAGCUUCGCCGGCGUUUACUGCGACGGAGACAACGUCACCGCCCUUAAUCUCGGCGAUCCAAGAGCUGGGUCGCCCGGUUUAUCGGGCCGGAUCGACCCGGCGAUCGGAAAGCUCUACGCUUUAACGGAGCUCACGAUCGUCCCGGGUCGGAUCAUAGGUUCGUUACCCGACACGAUCUCUCACUCCAAAAAUCUCCGGUUUUUAGCAAUCACCAGAAACUUCAUCUCCGGCGAGAUUCCGGCGAGUCUCGGCGAGCUUCGCGGACUCAGAACGCUUGAUCUGAGUUAUAAUCAGUUAACCGGGUCGGUUCCUCCGUCAAUCGGAUCCUUACCGGAGCUAUCCAAUUUGAUUCUGUGUCACAAUCAUUUAAACGGUUCGCUUCCUCGGUUCUUCUCUCAGACGCUAACCAGAAUCGAUCUCAAACGCAACAACCUCACCGGUGCAGUUUCUCCCACGUCUCUCCCUCCGUCGCUACAAUACUUAUCACUCGGUUGGAACCAGCUAACCGGUCCGGUAAACCAGGUUUUACUCAGAUUAAACCAGCUCAGCUACCUCGAUCUCAGCUUAAACCGGUUCACUGGUGCAAUUCCCGGUCAGAUCUUUGCUUUCCCGAUCACGAAUCUCCAGCUACAGCGCAAUUUCUUCUACGGCGCGGUUCAACCGGCGAAUCAGGUGACGAUUGCAACCGUCGAUUUAAGCUUCAACAGAUUCUCCGGCGAGAUUUCUCCGCUUCUCUCCAGCGUGCAGAACCUCUAUUUAAACAAUAACCGGUUCACCGGUCAAGUCCCGGUUACCUUCGUGGAUCGGUUAUUGGCAUCGGGUAUACAAACGCUAUACCUUCAGCAUAACUUCUUGACGGGGAUACAGAUUAGUCCGGCGGCGGAUAUUCCGGUGAGCAGCUCUUUGUGUCUUCAGUACAACUGUAUGGUGCCGCCGGUACAGACUCCGUGUCCGGUUAAGGCCGGUCCGCAGAAAACCAGACCCACGACGCAAUGCAACGAGUGGAGAGGGUAAUAAUGUCAUUUGAGAUAGUUAUGGGUUUUCGUAUCAAAUAGAUUUUUCUCCGGUUAUUUUGUUACAACUUUCGAGUUUCGAGGGUAUAAAGAAAAACUAUUCGUUUAUUCGUUGGUGACUUUUAUGAAUGAGAACCAUAAUGCGAUGUAUGUUUAAUUUA